AUGCAAUGGACCACUGACAGUACAGAACACGCGCACAUCACUGAAAUCAAGGGUCCUGCAUGCCCAAGCAACAAUAACAAUUACAAUUCACAAAUCUGUCAUCAUCUAGACCACGCUGACAAAUGUCAUCACUUCGAACUUGCCACGAGUCUGCUCGACAAUAUAUCAAGCUCAAAGCAGCAGGUUCAUACAGAUCAUGGUGAUGCUGUUGAUGAUGAUGUUAAUUUCGAUGUCGACGACGAUCACGACAUCCCAGCAGAGCUUCUUGUGACCAUCAAAUGUUCUGGCUAUUUGCACCCCAUCAUCAAUUACUUUGCAAUUGCAAAGCUCCUCCAGGACAGGGAGGUGGGGACGGUCCCUGUGCCAUUGCGCUUGUUCUCUGUUGGAUGCACAUCAUUUCAUCUUUCCUACGACCCAUCCAUCAGAACCAUUUCUGUCGACGAUGCUGCUCUUAAGUUUGGCCUUCCUGACCUUCACGAGGCUGCUCAUGGGCAGGAUUUUGUUCAUACCAUUGGGGGGGCUAGGAGAGCUGGACCCACUGCUUCACUUCCAUUUGAAAAGCUCCAAGUCUGGUUCAAGCUUCGAUUGCAGGAUACCGAUUUUCAUGACAUUAGUAUCAUAUGGCCUGCCCAGACCCUGAAUUGUUCACCACCUUCUGGUGUCUGGACCUGUGGCCGGUAUGAUCCGGUGAUCGUUAACAACAAUGCGAGAUGCUCAUGGCCUACCAAUGGUCUUUAUGGGCACACUGUCGGUGAAAUCAGGGUGAUUCUGCAUCCUGUUGGAAAAGCGGGCACAAAUUGGUCAUGGAAGGACCACUUCCUCACCUACGUGCAUCGUUUCAACGUCGUUUUGCAAGGUGGAAGCAAUCGUGAGCCGAAUACGCAGCUGCACGUACUCAAACGAGUGAAGCGUUUAAAUGGUACUCGGCUAAGGGCACCUGUUAACCAUGUCCCUCGCUUUGGUGCAAGCACGGACAAUCAUCUCAACCCAUAUAAUGGUAUGGAACAUGCUUCGGAAUUUUGGCUUAACAAAUAUUGGGACAAAAACACAUUCUUCCCUCUUUCCAUGUAG